GAAAAGGGCAGAGGACGGGUUGCAUACAAACACUGUGUAACAAUACAUCACUUUUUCAGUACACAAUAUAGUACUCUUUUAGUACUAUAUAGUACCUUUUUUUUUUUGACAGGUGCAAAGUUAAUAUGCAAUAUGCAACACUUAUGGCCAUUAUACUAUUUAUAUUAUGCCAAAUUAUUCUUGUCAUAAACAACAUAAACAUGUUGCUGAACUGACGGUAAGUCAAGGACAGCAGCAGUAUUUACAGUCAUCUCGUAAAUAGCUUCACCACAGGCAAAAAUUCAUUACUCAUAACUGUAGCUAAAAAGGGCUUAGGUGCAUCAUGGGAAAUGUAGUUCAGCAAAGGCAUGUUACCUACCAAGCCAAAAUCUCUAUCACAUACAGCUGAGAGAGUGGGCGGAGGGUAGAGUGAAUGGGGUAGAAGAGCAGAACGCUUUGAGAAGAACCACUUCCUCUCUCGCUCUUCAUCUAGGAGCCUGUCAUCCUGUGUGUGUGUGUGUGUGUGUGUGUGUGUGUGUGUGUUUGAAUGCGACGUAGGUGUUGGAGUAGGUUGUGAAAUGAAAUGAAAUGGGUGGGUUAGAGUAAGAGAGAUAUUAUUUGAGGAACCUUAGAAUAACAGUCUUAAUCCAAGCUGUUUCUCAGUUUAAAACUUUGUAACAUUAGGUUAUCUAAUCUGAGUCAGGUUGCUAAUGCUAAUGCCUCUUAAAGGCAAAUUAUAUACCUUGAGAUCACUUCAUAUUCUGGGUUUAGCUAUGUCAUUGUGGUGAAAUGAGCUUAGGCAACAGUUCUUCAUUAAAGUAUUAAGGUUUCUUAGUGAAAACUGCAACCUUUAGCUGAUUGCUUGAUUUGUACUUACUGUGUUACAGAUUAAAUUACAGAUGGGAUUUGUUUUUUAGUCCUAAUUAGCUGCUGGUCUUUCCUAUAUAUAUUUUUGCUUUGCUUUACUGGGGUUACCUUUGUGGUUUGCAAGCAGUUUUUAUUAUUUUAUUAAAAUAGUAAAAAUACAAAAGUUUGUUUUACAGCUGAAAGAUAUGAAAUGUACAGGGCUAGGAUAGUUGGGUGUUAGGUGAGAUAAAAAUAUUUUGAUACAGGUUGGAGAAAAUAAUCAUGCUGGACAAGCAAUCACCCCUUUAAUCACAGUGUCUGCGACUCAUCUAAUCAAAAAGUGUGAGAAGCAUACUUCUCAUCUGAAAAUUAUGAUAUUCUGCAAAUUUAUUAUCCUAUUUAAUAUCCUAUUUGGUAAAGAGAUGUACCUGCUGUGCAGCUCUAGUGCAUUCAUAUGGUCAUAAAAUAUAUUCUUUAUAGACUCAUCGUUAAAAAAAAGUUGCACCCAAAUGGAAGUAGAACUGGAUUACAACACGAUUCUUGGUGGCAUUUGUGGAGACAACCAACGAAUUUGUGCGUGGAGGCGCUGUGAUCGGCGGUUUGUUGUUACGCGUUUUGCAUCCAGAAGAUCUGGUGUCAUGGUGUGGAGUUCAAUUCCGUCCAAUGCAAGAUCACCUUUGGUCUUCGUUACAGCCUCUUUGACAGCUCAACAGUGUGUUAAUGAAGUCCUGCAACUAGUGGCCCUAACUUUUCAGAACACACACUCCUGUGCACUAUUUCAACAGGACAAUGCUUGCCCACAAACUGCUGCCAUCUCAACAGGAUGCCCUAAAGACACAGAUGCAUUGUCAGACAUAUCUCCAGUUGGAAAGGUGUGAGAUUAUAAAGGGGUUUGCCAUCAACACUCCAUCCCUAUCCCUACAUUUAUUUAAUUUUUGUUCCUGGUAACUUUUAUCUUCCUUUUGAAUAGAGUUGCAAUCCCACCUUUCCUUCAGGAUGCAGCCAUUUUUUAUGGUGAGUGUACACUGUAUAUGCAUUACCUACUGUACGUCUGGAUCUGAAAUUCAGAGUGUGUAAUGCUCAAACCAUGUGACCUACGUCCAACAGCCCAUUCGAUCAGGUGUCACCGUAAGGCCGGCAGGACACGUACACCUACCAACCAACGACCUGUCCAAAUGGCCCACAAACCAAUAGACUGGCCCAUUUGCAGUGCAGUGUUUCAGCUAGUUUCCUCAGAUACUCUGUGUAUAAGUGUGUGUGUGUGUGUACACGUGCAACGUGAUACCCCAGGUCUUGUUCCAGAGGGAGCUUGUCGUUCAGGCCUUCAGCAGCAGACUGAGCGCUGUGUGAGUAGUUACAGCACCAUUAAGGUGCAUUAGAGGAAGAUAGGUCUGUCCUAAUAUUUUUUUUCCAUUUUUGUAACAAAGACAUGUAGCCGCACAAGUCAGGAGCCACAUAAGUGACCAUCAGGAAAGAUGAAGAUCUGGAUCCUCGUUCUCUUCAGCAUGUGGUUACAUGCGGUAUUGUGUGCUCAGGGUCGGUUUGCUCAGAAGCUGCUGAAUGAUCUGAUGGAGAACUACCAGAAGGCCCUGCGGCCGGUGGAGGACACAGACAAGGCCCUGAACGUCACACUGCAGAUCACAUUGUCACAGGUCAAAGACAUGGAUGAGCGGAACCAGGUGCUGACCACAUAUUUAUGGGUUCGCCAGAUCUGGUAUGAUGCCUACCUGCACUGGGAUAAGGAGGAAUACGAUGGCCUGGAGGUCAUACGCAUCCCAAGUGAUCUUGUCUGGAGACCAGACAUCGUCCUUUACAACAAUGCCGAUGAAGAAGACUCGUCAGGUCCUCCAGACACUAACGUGGUGCUGAGGUAUACGGGUGAGAUUACGUGGGAUGCUCCUGCUAUCACUAAGAGCUCUUGUGUGGUGGAUGUUUCAUACUUCCCAUUUGACAGCCAGCAGUGUAACCUCACCUUCGGCUCCUGGACCUACAAUGGCAACCAGGUGGACAUUAAUAUGGGAGGGAUGCAGGGGGGAGACCUUUCGGACUUUGUGGAGAACGUGGAGUGGGAAUGUCAUGGGAUGCCGGGCGUGAAGAACGUGAUCAUGUAUGGAUGCUGCUCGGACCCGUACCCGGACAUCACGUACACGGUGCUGCUGAAGCGCCGCUCCUCCUUCUACAUCUACAACCUGCUGCUGCCCUGCUUCCUCAUCUCCUUCCUGGCACCGCUGGGCUUCUACCUGCCCGCCGACUCCGGGGAGAAAGUCUCUCUGGGGGUCACUGUGCUGCUGGCCCUCACCGUCUUCCAGAUGAUGGUGGCUGAGAGCAUGCCUCCCUCAGAAAAUGUGCCCCUGAUUGGUAAAUAUUAUAUAGCGACGAUGACUAUGAUCACCGCUUCCACCUCUCUGACCAUCUUCAUCAUGAACAUUCACUUCUGUGGUGCGGAGGCCAAACCAGUACCGCACUGGGCUAAAGUCCUCAUCAUCGACUACAUGUCCAAGAUCUUCUUCGUGUACGAGGUGGGGGAGAACUGCACCACUCCAGAAAGUGAUCGCGGCCCCAUCUUCACAGAGGACCCGCUGACCAGCCUGGAGAGAGACGGCUACUUUGACAGCAGCUUCUAUGGAGACCACCAGCACAAUGAUGGGUCGCACCAUCCGUAUAAGAUGUUCAACAACUGUGACCGAGAUCGCCACCAUAUUGGCAAUCAUCAUGGAAAUGGGUAUCAACAUAGUAGUCCACAUGCUGGGCACUAUGCCAAGGUAUGUAGGCCAUCACAGUUUUCCCCUCCGAGACAAAAACCACACCGGCCGAAAUACACGCACCACAUCGGACGUGACGGUAACGCUGUACACCCACCCGUACACCAGAGCGAGGAGAAGCUGAGACAGAGCGACCUUUCGAUUCCUGAAAAGCUUAACGUAUACGCUUACGAACACGGCAACGGCUAUCCCAAUGGCAGCAGCUACCACAACAACCACGCUUACAGCAAACAGUAUGCAAUGGAAGACUACGGAGACAGUGACGACACGGCCCGAUACACGUGCAUGUGCGGUCAGCAUCAGAAAGUGGUGCGCAAUAUCGAGUACAUCGCCAACUGUUUCCGCGAGCAAAGGUCGCACCAGGCCAAAGGAGCAGAGUGGAAGAAAGUUGCCAAGGUAAUGGACCGCUUCUUCAUGUGGGUCUUCUUCAUCAUGGUCUUCCUCAUGAGCAUCCUCGUCAUGGCUAAGGCCUCCUGAGACUAACAGGACUAACAUUACUGUCCUGAUCCAAAGAAGGGCACAAACUAAUCCGUAACAGAGAACUCCACCAACAAAUUGAACAAAGUCAGAUUUCACCGUGGACUGAAAUGGUUUUGUGAAAUGGUUAAUUAAAUAAAAAACUAACUAAAAUGUA